UGAGAUUCCUUUGAAGACUUUUACUCAUUUAGGUCCUCACACCACACAGCCUCCGAACGCCUCAUCUCCUCCACCAGAGCGAGAGGAUCAGAGAGAGGCAGAGCAGAAGUGACGGGAGAACAACAGCAGCAUCACUGACAAGCAUCUCCCUCGCUGGGGGAGAGAGGGAGAAAGAGAGAGAGUGGUGGGGAGAGGAGAAGUGGAAAGAGUGAGGAGAAAAGAGGAGAUAGGGAGCAAAACAGUGAGGGAAAUAAGUUUUCAGUUGGAGGGAGGACAAGCGAGGGAGAGUUUGGAGUGAGAAAGCUUGGUGGGUGGCAGUGGGGGGAUUUGGAGCUUCAUUUUCCCUUUUCUUUUUGUCGUCUGUGAGCACCGCCUGCCACCUCUUCUCCUUCUACCCCCCCUCCUCCUCCUCUUCUUUCUCCUCUCUGCUCCUCUUUUCUUCCCGACUCCUCUCCCAGCUCCCGCCGUGGGGUCUCAGCUCUCCAUCACCCUCCCCCCCUCCCUCGCUCCCUACCUCCCCCGGGCGCUGCUGGGAGCCUCCGGGCUGCUGCGCCGCAGGAGGAUGUCUCGCAGGGAGUCUCCGCCGCCGCCCUCACCACCUCCACCUCCGCAGCUGCUGGGAGUAUGGAGAGGAGAGGUGGAGCGCGACGAUCGUCCUGAGCGCGCAGAGCCACUGUCCGACGCCGAGAGGGAGAUCAUCCAGGACACGUGGGGGCACGUCUACAAGAACUGCGAGGACGUGGGGGUGUCUGUGCUCAUAAGGUUCUUUAUCAACUUCCCAUCAGCCAAACAGUACUUCAGCCAGUUCCAGGACAUGGAGGAUCCAGAGGAGAUGGAGCGAAGCAGCCAGCUUCGACACCAUGCCCGCAGGGUGAUGAAUGCCAUCAAUACUGUGGUGGAGAACCUCCAUGACCCAGAGAAGGUGUCGUCAGUUCUGGCCCUGGUGGGAAAGGCCCAUGCGAUCAAACACAAGGUGGAACCCAUGUACUUCAAGAUCUUGAGUGGCGUGAUGCUGGAGGUGUUGGCUGAAGAUUACCCAGAAUUCUUCACAGCGGAGGUGCAGAUGGUGUGGACCAAACUGAUGGGGGCGGUGUACUGGCAUGUGACAGGGGCCUACACAGAGGUGGGCUGGCUCCAGGUCUCUAGCUCAGCGGUGUGAAGAGUUUGGAAGAAGAGGUGGUAAAGGAGUUUCAAUUGCAAGGAGUUCUGUGAGGAUGGUUUCACAGACAUGGAUCAGAUUAACGUGGUAAUCCGUGCAACUCUGUACUUAAUUCUGGUGACAUUUUGGGUGCUAAGCCUUCGUUGCUGUAGUGUUUCUUCCAAGCUCUCCCCAGAGAUCACUUGGACACCAAACAAUGUAGCCAGACAACCGUUUUAAUUUGCUUGAAUUAAGUUUUAGCCGGUGUAAGUGGUACUUUGGUCUGUAAUUUAGCCACGGAAGCUUCAUUGCUAAUGCUAACUAUCCAGUUCUUCUGUUUAUCCCAAGCAAACUACUGUUGCUGCCAAAAGCAGACAACACAUGUGACAACUGACCUUUCACUUAGUCCUGCUACUCUUAUUUACUGUUGCUACGCCUUUAUUGUCAAGGUUUACAGUCUACUUACAUAUGAAAGGAGAUCCAGGGCCCCAAACAGCAUUCGCUCAUAUUAUGAUGAAUAGGUGUGUAACAACUCUCCAAGUCCACAGUUUAAUUUGACUUUCAAUUUUAAGUUCAGAAUUUAAAUCAAUUUGGGAUUAAGACAUUUUUUAUUUUAGCACUGAAUGCUAUUUUAUCAAACUGUUGGGUCUCUCAAUCAUUCAAUUUCGAUUCAUGAAAGCCCUACUGAUGAAUAAUGUUUUUGCUGUAAGACAAUUAGAAAUAGUCACAGGACAUAAACUAAUUAAUGUUAGCUAAGUAAGUUAUUUGAAAAUGCCAUUUCCAGCCAACUUGUUUUAACAAAAAACCUGUAAAAGGGUCUUAAACAUGGAGUAGAAGCUUCAGCUAAAUCAUGUUACACUAAAAGACUAAAUCUACCUGUGCUUGGUAAAAACACAUCAUCUAUACUAUUAAAUAUAUAGAAUAUGGAAGUUCAAUGGUCACUGUUCCUUGCGAUGGCAACAGUACACACAAAAACAGCCACCACUCUGAUCAUUCUACUCAUUCAAUUUCUCUGUUAUCUGCUAUAUAUACAGUAAUAAGCUAAACAGCAACCUCCAACUCUUGAAUACUAUAUGUUGCUCUUACCACAGCUUCAUGCACACUUCUUUACCAUGAGGAGAAAUCAUCUCAUGCUCUACAGGUCUGGUACAGCUACAGAUCAGCAAACGUAUGUAGGAGAAAAGUGUUGCUCUGUAAUUAACACAACCUAAAUAGAUUUUAACGUUUUGUUCUACAACGUAAAAUACCCCAUUUGUGAAUUUUGAAGCUUUAACACAUCUAAAAAAGGCUGGUUGCUAACAAAUGGCUAAAUAGAGGCUGUCUGGGAAAUUAAACAUCAUCGUCAGAUUAGUCGUGAUGAUGUUGAAGGCAUGUGACAUUAAUGUAGUCUGUUUUACAGCCUAACAGUAGCUUUUUGUUGAGGGAACCAUGUUGAUGUGGACUUCGUGUUGUUCUUGGGUCCCAGGGUUUCAGUGAACGGUCAGCAGAGCAGAAGCAGACAUUUAUACAAAAAUGUUGCGGAUUAUUACUUUACCAAUUCAUUUCUGUGGAAACCACUUUUGAGAAAAGUAUCUUCUGGCUAAGCCGCACAUAUGAAUACACCUCAUGAUAUUUUGAAAAAGAGAUUAAGAAAUGUUUUGACAGGGAGUGAUUUUUAAGCUCUGAGAGGGGGGCAGUUAGUGGUUAAAGCCCCAGCUAUUGGACCAUGGAGCUGCUGACUGUUAAUAGAUUCUCUUUGUGUCCUACUACAGUAUAUCCUCAUGUUUAGGGGACCUGUGCCCCUUUCUCUCUCUAUUGAUGCAUUGCGUGCUCUUAAUGUCUUGUUUAACUUUACCGAGGUGUUGUUUGUAUAAGUGUACAGUGGGCAAGUGUGCAUACUCUUCUGCCUUUGUUUACAACUCAUUGACACGCCGGUCUGUUGACGUGUUAAAGAGGGCUGUUUUUUCUUUGCUAAAAGUCUUGGACUAGCAACAGUGCUUUAAGUUUUUUCUUGCCUAUCACUUUCAUUACACAAACACUUUGCAAACAUGCAAACAUUGUGAAAGUGAGAUGGAAAAUAUCAGCAGGUGGACACAAUCAGCAACCACACAUGUACACACUCACACACAGGCAUGCUAUAAGACCUCCUCUGUGCUAAUAUUUACAGGACUGUCAGUAAGUUUACCUCUUCAAAACCCCAUCAGACAGACGCCCGGCAUUUACGGCUCCAUUAAGGGCUUUAGAAAGUCACUCCGGAGGUCUACAGAAAACAUGUCAGCGUUAGAAGUGCCAUCCGUCUCUUUCCUUAGAUCUCAGUCCCAUCUAACUCAAGAAAUGAUAUCUGAAUACACACAAAUACAUGAAAUUGUACUGCCUUUGCUCUAACACUCAGGAGGCUUUUAUUUGACAAGAAAAGUGGAAGCUUCACAGUUUCUCUCUAAAUUCAUAUGCAGACAUCAUAUUUAAUUAUCCGCCCCUCCGCAAACAUGCUGCAUACUGUCAAACUAACUUUCUUUACCUUACCUAACCUCAUCUUCCUGUCUUCAGUAAUCAGAGUCUUUGAACUGCAUGCUCUCCUGCUAGCUGUCCCCAUCUGCGAGUCUCUCUCUGGUCAAUUCCCAAACAUACACCGCAAAUCUGUUUAGGAUGGACAUUUGAUCCAAUCUUCGGUUUGCAUCUGCUCCAGUGACAUCCUGUGUGUCCCAUCUGCCCCCUUGGCAUCGGCAUCUGGCAUUAAUGAGGAGGUAAUGAGUCUCCUCUCCUCCUCAUUUGGUCAUUCAUCUACUGUAACUUCCCAUUGCCUCCGUUAGGACCGCGUCACUGAGGACAAAAACAAUUACGACAGGACAGAUGGUCUUUAAACCCAUCACACCGUGUAGCCAUUCACAACAAUGCUUUAAAAAAAAUGUCUUUCAUUCACUUCAAGCAUUUACGUAGUGUUUGAAGUGACUUCCUGAAGGUAUUACUUAACCAUUAUGCCUUGCCUUGGAUCAGUCUCCCCAAGGUCUAAAUUGAUUGGAUUUUUAUCAACCAGGAAGAAUAUUGCAGAAACUUUUUUAGUUAAACCCAAACUGGCAGACACAAGAUAUCCCUGCUGCAUCGACAGUGAGCUCAAAGGCAGAAAAAUGCUUCAUAUUUUGGAUUGGACUGAUGUUUUUCCUAAAAGAAAAUUGCAGUACAUGUCCUGUUCAAAGUCUGGCCAGCUUGUUGUUUAUGCUUUGUUGCCUGAAAAAGUCUUGCUAACUGCAAUCUCAAUAGCCUCACUGCCAUUAGAAAAAAAUUGCUUCUUUAUUGAUUCCAAAUGCAUCAGAUUUGUAGACUCUUGUCCCAGCUCCUUAAUAUACUGGAGAUUAGCAGAAGGUGCCGCCAAACUCCAGUCAGGAAACUGUUAUACCAUUGCUAAAGAAGAGAGUGGAACAAGAGGGCGUGACUAAAAGAGCACCAGCUGAGCCUCAAAUACUUAGUUUACAUAGUUUUCAAUGUGCAAUUUGAAAAUCGUAUUGAAAUUCACCUUAUGAGAUUUCUAUGUUUCAUAGAGGAAAGAAAAAAGCUGGAACUAAUCACGACAAGUCAAUUCCUGCAACCAUUGCAGCACAGCAGUAUAUUAAUAAUAAUAUUAAUUAAUAAUAAUAUUAAUAAAUAAAUAAAUAUGCUGUUAGAUACCUGUGUUUGACAUCUUAAAAUGUCUGCUGGUCUGUUUAACUUUAGUUUCAUUCCACGCUGUUUUCACUGGUCAUACUUGUUCCCCUGUAAUGACUUUGGGACCUUGUAGUUGGUGAACUGCUACCUGAGACUAAACUGUUUAAUCGUCAAUCCACCUGAGAUUUUAAGUUUGUGCAGAAAAAAAUAAAAAACUACACUUGGUUGAGAUGGAACAGCUUCCACUAAUGGAUAUAUUAUCCAUGGUGGAUGGAAAUGGGCAUAAAUUGACAUUCUUUUGGCUACAUUUGGAUAGAAACAGGAGUGUUAAAGCUUUAUUCAAAUGGCCAAGAAGACAGCCAAAAAACCUAUAUAUAAUGGAUAAUGUACAGCAAGUGGGCCAUUUAUGCAUAAUAAAUCCAUCUGAAGGGGUUUAUUUCACAAUAAUGACCUGAUCGCUGGACAUUAUCCCGCUUAAAACAUGGCUAAUUGCUAAAAAUUACUUUAAAAAUGUAUAAUAAACAAUCUGCUAUACAUAGCAGCAGGCUGCUCAUUGAUAUUAACUGUAUAUCUAUACUGGAAUCCAGCAUUUAACAAAGCCAUCUUAUAAUUUAAGUUAAUAUCCUGUUAUCUUGAUAAAACAGAGUUUUGUUUCCUUGAGAUAAGGAGCUAAUUAACCAGCUAUUAAGAAAGUCGGGAGUUAGCAAGAUAAUUUAAUUUGUGAUAAUAAAAACAGGAUUAAAACAAUGAUUGCAUCCGCAGCCACUCUUUGCUUCACUAUCUAUAAAAACCCUUUACAUUCAGAAUAAGAGCUCCUAUUAAACAAGUUCCUAUUCAAGUGGAACCGGAGAGUCGUAAGCCAAUAAAUGGAUAAAAAUACACACGGGAGUCAAACAAACCUCAAAGUAAACUAUUUCCACUUUGGCUGAAAUAGUUCUGGAGGUCGUAUAUAUAAAUGAUCCGCUUCAAAAUACACACCAGACCUAUUUUCUGCCCAACUUCUCACGUCAGCGCCGUUCCGAGGUCAGACCUCAAGCAGCUCGAGGUUCAGGAGUAUUUUUGUUAAGCGGAGGUUCCCUGACAUCUUGUUUAUUAAACACUGUGUGGUGUGAAACCCGUCUGCAAACACACACGUAAGAUGGAGAUGUACUGUUGAGUUUGCAAAGCUGCAGGUUUCUUAUCCCUCUUUGUCUGUAUGCAGCAUGUUUUCUCCUCACACCAUAAACACACGUUCAAUUAUGUGCAGACACAUCCCCAAUCACGCUCACUUGCUUUCUUUAUCAGCUUUUUUUUUAUCACUUUCACACACACACACACACACAUGGUCUUGCAUUUAAUUGGUGAGUUGGGCAUGUCCUCGCAUGCCAAGUGUACUACAGCAGCACUUAACCGAAUAUAUAUUUUAAUUUUUAGAUGAAAAUUAGACAAAUUUUGCUCAUUAUAAAGUCAUUUCACACAUUCAUUCUCUUUCAGCAAAAAAGGGCAUCACAGCAUACGUGGAACUAUGUGUUUUUGUUGUGAAACGUUUCUGUCUAUCAGUUGAAAAGUUAGGACUUUAUAUUUUUCUAAAUAUAUCUAUGAGAAGGAUUCUAUGUAUUUGAAUACUGUAUAUGAAUAUGUCAUUGUAUACUGCGUUGUUGGUGGGAGCGAGUGCAGUGGCUUUGUAGUGUUUUGAGCAUGUUUGCACAGCCUACCAUGACUUGUACCUUCGCAGACCUGGUGAAAAUGAAUCAUGACCAUCAAUAAAAUAUACUUGUAAAUUUG